GGUUGUUCUCAUCUCAUCAGCAGAAUCAGCUAGUCACGCUGUGGAUUUCGCUCGGACAAGAUGAGUAAGAUCUGGUUAAACCUGUCUGGAUGGUUUGUGUUGUUUGUACUCUGCGGAGUGUUCUAUUUCGCAAAAGCACAACGACGAGCAACGACAGAUGAUUGGAGAGUGCACUUUCCCGAGGACCAAGCCGCCGAGGCUGUCGUCAAUAGUUUCUAUGAUAAUGCAUUUUUGAAUCCCGAGACACAAGUGAACCCAGCGCUCCGAGGUCCAACUUCGCAGUUGGAAAAGGAUGUUUUAGUCUACGAUGCAGCUCGAAGGAAGUGGAUUCUUUUGACGCUAAAUGCAACUACUGGCCAACCAAACUCCGGAGUGGAUGCACCAACGAAGAAUCAAAAACCAACUAGACUGUAUAAUGCGGCUACGGGAAAUUGGGAAGAUGCAUUAAUUUUCUCGCCAGGUCGUUCGGAUGGUGACGGUGUAACAACGCCUAGAUCAGGAGGAGGACAUAGGAAAAAUGCUAGACCAAUUCCAGUGUACAACUCAGAUACUGGGACCUGGGAGCAAACACUCAUUUCAACUUCAAACCAGCCGAAUUCUGGCAACACCAAUCGGGAGGCCGCAACGACACGGAGGUCUACUUCGCCAUCGAGUGGACAAAGGAAGCGAAUUAGAGUGUAUAAUAGUGAUACUGGAAUGUGGGAGCAGACUGAGAUCGCUAUUUAGAUGGGUGUCUGUUGAGCGGAAAGUGAACUCAAGUAGGAAACAAUCAGGUCAUAUUGUGCGAUAAUAAACGGGAUUAAACGUUGCUGUCAACAACAUUAUUAUCAAAUCAUCUCUCUUCUGCCUAUAUUUUGAAGAUUCCAUUAAUUCUCGCGCGAAUCCUCAGAAUAACACCAACCAGAACCACCCCACAUCGUGGCACUAUCCAGAUGCUACACGUGUUUUCCAACCUGUCGGUGUGUUGGUGCAGCUUUUCCAGCACUUGUGGAUCACGGCAAAAUUCGCCCUGUUUUCCACCCUAUUCUGACAGAUUCUCGCUUUGUGUCAGUGGAAAGGCAACCAAUACAUGUGGACAUGAACCGCGACUGCCAGGACUUAAUAUGACACUUGCAGGAUUCGCUUCAGGUGGCAGAGUUUUUCAUAUCGCGGUAUGGAUAGUGUAAGAAAGUGAAAAAUUUCUCCGCGUUUUGCUUCAAUCGUGAACUUUAAUCUCUAAACGCAUAAAAAUUAUUCGUUCACGGAAGCUGAGGAAUCGAAAAUGGUCAAUCUCUGUAACAUUGUGGUGAUAAUCUGUUCGCGAAAAAUCUAUCGAAAAAAGUGAAGCGAAAACUGCACUGUACUCUGUAUUGAACGGGUGUCGAAGUUUAUGUAGAAAGCUACUCAAAAAUGGGUGAAGCUGAUUAGAGAAAAGAUGUAUGACUGAGAAGAAAAUCAAAAUCUGAACAGUUUAGUCGUGAAAGUUUUCGAAUUUUAGUUCGCCAUGUCCUCCGACAUUGCCAACUCGUUCGUCGGGAAUUGGGAGAUUGUUGAGUCUCACAUCGAUGGCACAACGGAUCGGCUGGGACUGGAAGGGGUAAAAUUCCGUCUGGACGAAAUGGGAGACAUUAUCUGGUACAACGACCUGAUAAACACUAGCCAGGGCCGGGACGAUCAGAAGAUGGCCAGCUUCGAGUCUAGCUUUUGUCCAAUCAACGAUUCAGCGGCGGUACUGUUCAGCUGCGAAACCUUCGAGGUCCUCGAGCUGAGUUCUAACGGGCCGGGGUUGAUUUUCGGUGCAUACACUGGCCACAGCAUCGAGUUCAAAACGAACUCCUACAACCCGGGCGAUCGGAUGUCGCUGAGGUGCAACGGCUGGUGUCAGCUGGUGUGUAAGCGGGUGAAGGAAGAUCAGUCGGUUGGUCAGGAGAUUCCAUUCACACUGCUGUCGGUGCUGGACGAUGGAAAUUUCUGUGAUGUGACCCUCAAAAGUUGUGAUAACGUUAUUUACAAUGUCCAUUCGCCGAUUUUACGCCUUAACGGGUUCGACUGUAGCAGCAUGGCAGCUGCUUCCACAUAUCAACACCUAACGACCAGAAUCGAGACUGUGACAAGUGUGGAGAAGUCCCAUCCUCCGCUGAUGAAGGUGUCAUCGGUCCCCAGUGCUAAAUCACCAAAACAGUCAGUGCAACAUAUCAGUCAACGGGCGAGUCCCACCACAACCAACAAUUUCCUGCUUCCACCCUCUUUGGAGGUGUACAAUCUGUCCCCGAAAAUAGUGAACAACAUCUCCAAUUCCUUCAACUGUCUCACAGCGGAAGAUUCAAUUUUCCUGGACGUUCCGAAAAAGCAACACACGUCUUCCUCUGACUCUAACCUGAAUUCUGAUCGGAACAUAUUCUUUUUCCCAACUGCGAAUGUAGUUAAUCCCUACCCAGACCCAUCCCAACGGUCCAAGUUCAAGCCACCUUCGUCGCCGUUUCGCGCAAGAAGUCCCUCUCCCUUUCCCUGCUCGCUAGACACACCACCGUCGUCUCCGCUUACCCCUCUCUCGGUACUGAAUAACAUCCCGUCGAAAAUGCUGUCCACAAUCCUGCACUGGUUGUAUUGCGAAUGUCUUCCGGAGGAUCUGGACGAGGAAACGUGCUCCAGCUUGAUUGUGAUGUGCGAGAGUACCACCCCUUUGAGUCGGAUGGCGGAACCCUGCAAAAACUAUCUGCGGAACAUCAAGCUGAAGAAGUUUGUCAUCGACAUCGUUACCGACCUCCACGACAGCUUGAAUCACAUGAUUCAGAUGGUGAACCCGAAUACCAUUUCGCACAGUCCGUGUGUGCUCUGCCAGGUGUUCAAAGAAGGCUUCAAGGAAACCUUGACCGCGAUUGUGAAGCUGUUACAGUUCUGCAAUAUCUUCACGAAGGAUGCCGCAACCUUCACGCGUCACCAGCGGCACGAGAUCAUUAAGUAUGUGCGCUCCAGGAUGCCGGUGUUUCUAUCGCAGGUUCACCAGUUGCUUCAGAACGUGAACAUCGUGCUGCGCAGCUUGUCCGCUGACGAGAAGAACGAUCUCGUGUCCUAUCUGGUACCGGAGAUUACCUACACACUGGAGGUGCUCAUCGCUGCUAUCUCGGAGAUAAAGAACUCGCUGGAGAAAGUGUGCAAGGACCUCAAAACAACACCGGACGUACGUAGCGGGGCUAUUGUCACUCCAAGUGCGACUCGUGGUGGACGACCACCGGUACGAACACGUUCUCGUGAUUCCGGUGAAUUUUGUAACAACCUAUGUCAUGGAGCGACAGGUUCCUCCACGACGGGCGAAUCACGCUUCAACCAGAACUCCGACAAUGACCUCAAGUUCUUCCUGUACAUGUACGAGGUGAAGAAGAUGCGGGACAUUCAUGGGAGAGUGUCCAGUGCGCUGGAGGUUAUACUUCAUAAAAGAGCAACCUUCAACGAGAUGAACCACCUCCAUCAGCAUCAAACCAUACGGAGGAACUUGGAGCAGCUUACCAUAGAAGUGCCGAUCAUUAUAGCUCGUCUAGAAGAACUGUGCGAAACAAUUGAUGAGAAGAUUGGUUGGAAGGAAUUUAAGUUCUGUUUCAAAUUCUUGACCAGUCAAGUGAAUGGAAUAAUCACGAAACUGUUGGAGCAUAAAUCUGCCUUAAAUGACGCGAUGUUAUAUAUUUCCAAUCUGGUGCAAAAAGAGCAAUUCACUCGUGCUAUGCGAGAAUUGGGUUUACUGGAAGACUCCAACGUAGAUUCCAGUGAAUUUGGGGAUCCUCGACCUUGUCCCAACAGAUAUCUUGACUACAGUAGUACGAAGCUAAAUCUGGUGCAGAGCAUGUGUGAGCCGCCAGCGGCCUUGAGCAGCAGUCUUUCAAAGAAUGCCUUAAAACUGUUGCACUCGGGGCAGUUGGCAGACAUGGAAUUCGAGGUUGUCGUCUCGCCAAUCGACUGCCAAAAUGAAAAUAUCGUUCCAGCAUUCGAUUUCAGCCUGGAUGACGCGUUGCUGCUGAAUGGUAGUGUAGGGACCGUCUGUGGGACUUCGCCAAGGAGUGAAUCGCACACCUUCAAGGCUCACCGCGUCAUCGUGGCAGCGCGGUGUGAGUGGUUCAAGAAAGCACUGCUUUCAGGAAUGCAAGAAGAUAUAAAUCGAAAAAUUGUGGUUCAUGAUACUUCCCCUGUGAUAUUUCGAAGAUUGCUGCUCUAUCUGUAUGGUGCACCAGUGGAUAAAUCGGUAGGAGUGGACCAAAUCUGCGAGUUGAUGCUACUCGCCGACCGAUAUUCGGUAGACAACCUCAAAGACAUCUGCGAGAAUACAUUGAUCGCUUCAAUCGACAGUGAAUCGGUGAUCUGUCUGUUGGGCAUAUCGGAUCGGUUCAACGCAGCUAUACUGAAGGCGAGAUGUUUGUCAUACGUGUCGCAGCACAUGGAAUUGACCAAGCUUGAGAUCUUCAAUGAGCUUCCCGGGUACCUUAAGCACGAAGUCGAGGAACUGAUCAACUGGCGGGGCCGGGUACCUGAACCGUGGUGUGACCGGGACCAGCCCCGUUCUGAUCGUUCGCGGCGUAGCUUGAAGAGUCCAUCACGAUCCAAAUCGUCACGAUCGAGAAAAACAUCCCCAUCCUUCAUGUGACAAUGAUGAACCCCGAGGAGGAACCAAGUCAAGGACGAUUUCCGUCGUGGAUGAACUGGGAUUAUGUGUUGACUGGCAGAAAACAUAAUUACUGUGAUGAGUCAGAACAUGACAUGAAUAAACCGACAACAACAUACGCCCCUUGGUGGAUGACAGUGUAUUUAUCUAUUCAUCAUUAUAUCGGGAGUGAACUGUAGAUAGUGCAUUAAAUUUUCAAUUCUAGUCACGGAUGACCGCAACAGACUAAAGUGAUUGUAAGUCAAUAUUGAGGAAAACCUACUAGGCAGCCUACAAAUGUAUCAUCUAUAUACAAAGAAACAAAAAAAAAAAAACAAAAAAGCAGAAUGUGAGAGGUAACAUUUUGUCUUUCGAGAGUCUGUGCCGUAGAAUAUCUCCGUUACUUUGUACUGAAACAAUUUGUUCCAUCACGAUCAGACCCUUUUUUCAUUAUAUUAAGUGUUCCAAACGUAAACUAUGUCUACACGUAUUCCUUUUCAGAUUCGGAAAAUUCUCAUGAUAAUUUCGAUGUGUACUUUAAAUUCUUACUGAUAAGUGUUUACGUCAUUUAAUAGAUCCAAUUAAAUAUCCAAAAACAGAGAGACAAGGCAAAAGGCAAAAAACAUUGUUAUUAUCGUCAGUCGUUAUUUUGGUAAUUUUGUAUUUUCAAGGCGAUGCCGGAAACAAACAUCGGAAUGGUACGUCGUAAAGCGUUGACAAGAAAGUACAUUUCGGUUUGUGGUAGAUGCAAAAUAGUUGUGUAGAAAAGGUGGAAGCAUAGUGGACGGGGUGACGGGGUAGUGAAAGUUUUAUUCGAAUAUUUUAGAUGUUGAACAAAUAAAAUCGAUUCUU